ACGAUUGGUCAGAGGCGCGUACGCGCGGCGCCAGACUUCCAUCGCAUUGGGCGAGGGCGACGUCGAUCAAGGCGCAAUCUCCUCCCCUUUCAGCAGGGUCGGGUGCUAGCGGAGCAAGCCCACCCCGAGCACCUCCAGCUGGCCAAACAGAAGACGCAGGAGGAGUAGAGGGCUCGGACAUGGGGAGGAGGAAUCAGCACUGGCCCGUCUGAUAGAGAUCGGUGUUUUCUUUUUUUCUUUUAUUUAUUUGGGGUAAAAACCGAGAGGCCUUAGAGAAGCGAACGAACGGAGAGGAGAGGAGAACCCAUCCCUUGCACAAAGCUCGAAAUAAAUCAAUGGACUGAAUGAAGACCGCAUAUGACGCCUAUCGAUGCCUGGCCAAGGAUUUGGAUGCGUACGCCAUGAACCCAGAGAUGACAAUGGACAUUGGCACUCUACACGGCGGAUUAAGCCACGAGCAGGACUUGAUGGGCAGCCACAGCUCGCAUCACAAUCGUAACGCGCCGGGGGCUUCUUUGCGGAUACACCAGGACCUGAGCGUGGCAUCGUCGCGCUCCGCCAUGGUGUCCAGUAUGGCAUCGAUUCUAGACGGCGCCGGAGGAGAGUACCGUCCGGAGCUGUCUCUGCCGCUCCAUCACGCCAUGAGCAUGCCGUGCGACACGUCCCCGCCCGGGAUGAGCGGUACAUACACCACGCUGACCCCGCUCCAGUCGUUACCGCCUAUCUCCACGGUGUCCGACAAAUUUCACCAUCCGCAUCACCACCACCACCAUCACCACCACCAUCAGCGUCUCUCUGGGAACGUGAGCGGGAGUUUCACUCUCAUGCGGGACGAGAGAGCUCUACCGGCCAUGAACAACCUCUACAGUCCCUACCACAAAGACAUGAGCGGGAUGGGUCAGAGCUUGUCCCCGCUGGCCAGCAGUCCGCUCGGCAACGGCUUGGGCUCCAUCCACAACGCCCAGCAGACGCUCCACAACUACGGAGCGCACGGGCACGACAAGAUGCUGAGCUCCAACUUUGACGCCCACACUGCCAUGUUGGCCAGAGGGGACCAGCACCUCUCCAGAGGCCUCGGUGGCCCCGCGGCGGGCAUGAUGCCCCAUUUGAACGGAAUGCACCACGGCGGGCAUCCGAGCCACCCUCAAUCCCACGGACCCGUGUUGGCUUCCGGCCGGGACAGGCCGCCCUCCUCCUCCUCCUCGUCGCUGACUCCGGGCGCCGGCUCGGGACAGCUCGAGGAGAUCAACACCAAAGAAGUGGCUCAGCGCAUCACGGCCGAGCUGAAGCGCUACAGCAUCCCGCAGGCCAUCUUCGCGCAGCGGGUCCUGUGCCGUUCGCAGGGAACCUUGUCGGACCUGCUGCGCAACCCCAAACCCUGGAGUAAACUCAAGUCGGGACGGGAGACGUUUCGGAGGAUGUGGAAAUGGUUACAGGAGCCCGAGUUCCAGAGGAUGUCGGCCCUUCGGCUUGCAGCGUGCAAACGAAAGGAGCAGGAUCCCAGCAAAGACAGAAGCAAUACACCAAAGAAAUCGCGGCUGGUCUUCACCGACCUGCAGCGGAGAACACUUCUGGCCAUCUUUAAAGAAAACAAACGUCCGUCCAAAGAAAUGCAACUGACCAUCUCGCAGCAGCUGGGCCUUGAACACAGCACUGUUAGCAACUUCUUCAUGAACGCCCGCAGACGCAGCCUAGACAAAUGGCUGGAUGAGGGAUGUCCAGGGAACACGUCCACCUCCAGCACUUGUACCAAAGCGUGAUCCGGGGGGGACGGGGGGAGGGAGGGAGGGAGGCGGAG